ACUCUUUCACCCCCCGGACUGAAAUGGGAAGAUGGUUCCACAGAAGAGCAGCCUGAUAGCUGAAGGCUCUGGCUCCCAUUCUACUUCUUUAGGAACCACAAGUACCCCUUUCUCUGAACACAGUGAUCUUGUGGGAUAAUAGGGCACUUUGAGCUCUCUGAGAGUCACAGUAACAGGGAAGAGGAAGAACAGCGGGAACAAGUGGAAAAGCUUCAGACUUGAGUCAGAUGAGCAGCAGCAGCUCUGCACUUUGAUGUUUUUCAUCUGAAGAUGUUCAGUUUGGUGAUCUUCUGUCACGUUUGGUUCCUGCACACAGAUCUGAUAGGCUGCAGUGAAAACUCCACAGCAGUGAUCCAGUUUUCGGUCCCAGAAAAUCACCACAUCUGCCUACAGUGCAAUGGCUCUGACCGGUCCGAUGUGGUCUGGACCCAUCGGGACAGGAAGGUCCUGGUGACCCGACAGGGCAGCUACGAGACCAAUGAGGACCGUAAGCGCUUCCUCCUGUUAUCUGAUGGCGGCCUCUGCCUCUUGCGGCUUGACGACUCAGACAGCGGGAAGUUUCAUUGUAACCAGCAGCUGGUGGCUCAGCUGGAGGUGCUAACAGGCCAUGACUUCAAGGUGUCUGCAGGCCGGACACUGCUGCUUCCCUGCAGCGGCUCCUCCAGACCCAAAAAGCGGUGGGAUCACCGGAGGGAAGGAAGAAAGUGGGCGACCAUCCUCACCCGGUUCAAAAACAGAACGGUGAAAACAGAGAGCAGCAGGCUUAGCUUUGGGAACGAUGCCUUGCAAAUCCAGGACCUGCAGCCAGAGGACGCUGGAGAGUAUCAGUGCAACGGAGAGCCACAGGCCAGACUCACCGUCCUCACAGAGCAGCCGGAGCCGACAAGCAUCCAGCACACCACCAGUAUGACUACAACACCUGCUGUCAUGGAAACAGAUGCAGUUGAAAAAAAGAAGGAGAAGAAGAGGCCUGAGAAUGCUCUGCUGUUGGUCGCUGUGGUCGGGUUGGGGUUAAUGAUCCUCCUCUUGGUUGCCGUCUGUGUUUUACUAACCAGCAUGAAGUGCAGGAAGAAGAAGAAAUACAGAAGUACAGCUCAGAGGGAUGAAGACACAGAGCUGCAGCCGUGGAAAACGUCCAACACACAAACUGAGCAUCAGGUUUAUGAGAAUCCGUCUCUGCCUGAGGAGACGAUCCAUUACGCCUCUCUGGGCCGACAGAACUGGAAGGAGAGACCCAGCAGGACUCCACCGGACCAGGACCAACAUGACGUCAUCUACUCUUCUGUCAUCACCAGGCCGGCCGCCAAACACAAACGCACUCGGCUGCAUCCUGUGGCAGCGCUCUAACGGUUAGCAGUGCAACGAAAUGUUACAUAUGAAACCACUGGAGGCUGUUUCUCAUCACAAAUGCACUUUCCUUCAGUAAUCAUAUGCUCAUGUGAUUAACACUUUUAUGUUCUAUUUUCUAUUCUGUAUUUCAAUUAACUGUAUUGCUCCUUUAGAGGAAAUUCACCUUGCAACAGCUUUUAAAAAAGUCACGUGGUACAUGAAAAGUAGAAAAAAGUAAAAAAAAACUUUCUUGCAGAGAGUUAUGCUGGCUUUACAUUCAUUUUUUCAAGCAAUUUCACUGCUGCAGACAAAAAUCCAACGUUGGAAUAAAAUCAUGACGGUUUUAGCUCCAUUGGUGCGCGCUCCUUGAUGUCAGUCAUUUUGGUGUUAGGUUAAACCAGUCCAAUCUGCCUUAAGUCAGUCUUUUUCUCAUCUUGACAUUACCAUACAAGUUUAAUAGUGUCUGAAGUUUUUAGUCUUGGCUCAUGCAAAUACUAAUGUUCAAUGAUGUAAACAUUUUCAACAACCAAUAGCUGCGGUCUCUCCAGCACUAAACAGGAAGCAGCAAAGCCAGAUGACUGUAAACAUGGAGGGGACUCCGGGAGGUGCAAGAGCGUGAACAAUUCUGGGUUCUCUUGGACUGCGGAAAAGAAGGAGGAACCGGUGGAGCUGUGCAGCAAUCCACCAACCAGCCCUUAUUUUAGUGAUAAAUCUUAAUUUCUGAAACAGUUCACCUCUCAUUCCCACAGCUCAGCUAACCAAGGGAUGCUUGUAGCAAGCUGUGGUGACAAAAUCCAAAAUGUUGAUUAUACUGAUGCUGAAUUGACAAGAAUACUGUGGAUGUAUGACGCCAUUUGUCUUGUGUCCCUAGAGUUAAGUAUUUUCGCAGACAUGUAAGGAAUUGUUAAUGUGUCGUGUUUCUUAAAAGUUUGGCGUAAUGUUUUCCACCAGGGGCAGGAUGGGAACUAAUUUAAAAAGGAAUCUAGUUGUAGUUUUGCAAAUAGUGACCCUACAAGAUAUGUAGUCUUUGCAAGCUCUUAUAGUGUCUAACUCAAAACUCAUAUUGUCUUUAGAUGUAAAAAGACGUCAGACUUAAGUCUAUUGAAAGUCUUUUGGUGAAGGGUAGACAUUAGAUGAGAAGACUGAUACCACACCUGGAAUCUUGUCAUCACUGUGAGCAGCCCAGCCAAGACAUAAUCCAGUACAUAACUCCCCAUGGAACAACACAUUCUCUCUCCGACCUCGUCACAUAUCGAUAUUUGGUCAUGGACUUUCAACAUCUAGAUACGACAUGAAAGGUACCCUGGGUGCGUUGGUUGUUGACGUUCUGGGAUGCUGUGUCAAGGUUUGCCUGUUACAUGCAGGCCUGUUUUCAAAAUACACUCUGUUUUCACACGAAAUUUAAGGUUUACAUACUGUCUCUUUCAAAAUAAAAGCACUACAUUGGCAUAACAACACAAUUUUUUUUCCCUUCAACAACUUAAACUACCGUGACACAAAUUAAAGUUAUAACAUGUAACAAACCAAUAGCAACCAGUAGCAACCAGAACAAACACUGGGUUGCCUGGGUCAGAGUCGCACACUGGGCCUAGUUUUUAAAACAAUAGAGUAUUAAAUAACAGUCAAAAUAUUCAAAAUAUACAAUAUAUUAAGUGUUUAAGGAGCAAAAAGCAAAAAACGGUGCCUAAUAGAAAAACAACAGAAGUAAGAGAAGUACAAGAGUUACUAAAAAUGAACUUGAUUCUGAGAGAAAUUAUAUUGCACUACACUGACACGUGAUCAUGAUACUAAAAAGUAAUAUUACACAUGAUGUUGUGAAAAUAUGAAAAUAUUUAAAGGUGUGGCUAAAUUUCGUUAGCUUUGGACAGAGCCUGGCUAGCCGUGCCCCCGUUUCCAGUCUUUAUGCUAAGCUAAGAUAGCAUAUUUACAGUACAGACAUGAGAGAGUAUCUGAACAAAUAAAGGCCUUUACACACCAAGGGCAUGAUGAAUUAUUAUUAUCCAUUAGUAUUAUUACUAUCUGGCUCUUUUUCUUACGUUCACAACUGCAAGGCUUUACUGACAAACUUUUCAAACAUGCAAGAACUUUCUUCAGCCCUUAAAAAAACAAUCAUUAACACUACUCAAACAUUCUGUUGGACUCUGGUCUUAGAUAAACUGUCGCUUUGCUACUCCAUCCAUCCAUCCAUCCAUCCAUUUUCAUCUGCUUAUCCAGGGCCGGGUCGCGGGGGCAGAAGGCCAAGCAAAGCACCCCAGACUUCCCCCUCCCCAGCAAAGCUUUCCAGCUCCUCCUGGGAGACCCCAAGGCGUUCCCAGGCCAGAUGAGAUAUGUAAUCUCUCCAGUGUGUUCUUGGUCUGCCCUGGGGCCUCCUACCAGUGGGACAUGCCCAGAACACCUCCAGCGGGAGGCGCCCAGGAGGAUCCUGAUCAAUUGCCUGAACCACCUCAACUGACCCCUUUCGACGUGCAGGAGCAGCAGCUCUUCUCCGAGUUCCCUCCACAUGUCUGAGCUCUUCACCCUAUCUCUAAGACUGAGUCCAGCCACCCCACGGAGGAAGCUCAUUUUGGCUGCUCAUAUCCAUGAUCUUAUUCUUUCGGAUACCACCCAGAGCUCAUGGCCAUAGGUGAGGGUUGGUACUUGAUGGAUCAGUAAAUUCGUCUUCUGGCUCAGCUCCCUCUUCACUACUACAGUCAGGGACAGUGCCCGCAUCCCUGAAGAGAUACUUGAACUCCCUCGCUAGAGGCAGUAACUGUCCCUCAACUAACUCUCCGUUUCUCUCUUUCUAGAAAUAAGAUGCAGGAUAAUUCACUGAUUCUGCUGUGGACAGUAUUUAGCAUUUAUUACAUUAAGUCAAAAAUUAUUUGAAAUGAAAACUCGGUCUGUAAUCUUGAGAAACCUGGAGACUGCUUUGAAAGUUUUAAAAUUCCAAGCAAUAUAAAAUCAUUGAGUAAAGAUUCACUCAUCUUGAAUUUGUCAUGUUUGAAUUGUUGCUGAGAGAGCUUAACACGUCCAAUUCCUGUAUUACCUUUAAAACAGAAUUAUAAAUUAACAAGCUUCUCUCUGCGUGUUCGUUUGAUGAAGAAUUACAGGAGAGUAGAUGACUUCAACUUAACUCUUCUUUACUUCUCUUCACACAGAUCACGAUGUACAGAGCUCUGGGUCUAUUUCUUCUUGCCCUAACCAACAACAUCAGCGAGUCAGGGCACGAAGUCUGACAACCUAUCUCUUCCUGACCCAGUCUUUUUAAGCGUAUACAGUUAUUUGUGACGCAAGCAUUGCCAUUGGUGUUGCUGGGGAGACCUCGUUCCUUUCUGCUGACUCCGUUCUUAUCUGCUGCUCCAGCUCCCCUUUUCUCUGAAACACAUAUCAGAACAGGAAACACAGCUGUCCACAAGGCCGCUCAGCAAACAUCUGAUUUACCUGAAGACAAAGGAAAAAGAGAAACUGAGCACAAGAUGGGAAGACUGUAUGAAAUCCAGCUGCCAAACAGCUGAUGUUCUGUUUCAGUCUGGUUUCAGUCACACUGGGGUUCAACAACAUCUCCUCGACUCUGAGGCAAGUUAUCAAAUAUAAAUAAUUUGGAAACUCUUCUUGAAUCUAUGAGAUCAUUUUGAUGUGUGAACAGAAGCCCAGCCCCUCAGAGCGGAUCAGGCUGUGACUUUCAGUGACUGACUCACAGACAAUAAGUGAAAGUGAAAGCAUGAAAGUGAAACCAGAACCAGUUGUUUAUGUCGAAGCAGCCGACAGACAUUGACUCCUGCCUCUUCAUUUCCUACUUUUUCCUCAAAACAAAAACAAAUCUGGAAACUCAGAAAAGAGAAAAGGACUGUUUUGACACUCUUCUCUUUCUAAGGUAAGAGAAAGACGUUCUUUUUUCUUGGCUUCCUCUUC